GCUCAUGGAUGCUCACCUCGGCUUAGCUGGAAGCCCAGCUCAGCUCAGCUCAACAGCUCAGCACUAGGUAGGACUAAGAUCUAAGUUCUUAGCUCGAACCACACUGGACCAUCCACUUCAUGCAUUCAGAACACUGACCUCAACACUUUGGUCCAAGAUUCUCUGGAUGGGUGCCCCACAUCCCACUGCCACCUGUCGCGCCAAAAAAAGAGGUCUGCUCUGAGCCGCUCAGGCGGAACAAGAACCGAUCCAUCAGCAAGGUUGCUGCCGUGCUUACAAUGGCACCCAAUCCUGAGAAUCCAUGAGUGGUAGAUUGGCCUGUAGCACCAUUCUUCCGGAGUUUCUCCAUUCUCCUCCUCCAUUUCUCCGCAAUGUUUCAAUCCACAAAUCAACGUCCUAGCAAAGUCCGCAAAUUGAGGCACCCAGUAAAGAUUUCCUUGCCCCGAUCGAAAUGCACAUCGUUGACCAAGGAGCUCGCAAAUUCAGCAUUGGGUGAAACUUGAGCAGCAGUCGGUGGUGGUUUUGGAAAUGUGACGGUGGAACCUGUAGAUCAGUAGCUGACACCAUCAGAAUGAGUCUGCAUUGAGGCAGGGAAAGGAGACUGCACGAACUGCGCUGCAAUCAUGAAGAAACUCUUCACCAUCGAUGCGUCACAAAAUGGAAGGGGCUCCGUUGCCUUCACCUGGAGUCCAAGAGGCACUCAUUUGGCGGUGGCUGGAACCCAGCGGAGGGUCUGCAUCUACCUUCGCUCCGGCCAGCUCUACGAUGAGAUUCUGCUUCCGGAACCGGAUGGCAAGAUCAGCUCCUCAGAGGCGGACCUCUCGUGCUGCAUAACACUGGCAUGGGAUGCACCGGGGGACACACUGGCGAUUUUGCAGAGAGGAGGGUACUCAAUCCUGCUGUAUGCGCCGGCGACGAAGGAACGCACCAAAGUGGAGACCGGGAUGAAAGAGCUGACGUUCCUCAGUUGGGCCAAGAGCGGGCCGGUCCUGGCGGUGGGUACCGCCAAGGGCAAUCUGCUGCUCUACAACCAGGCGCUGGGGAAGAGGAUCCCCAUCAUGGGCAAGCACACAAAGCGCAUCACGUGCGGCGCGUGGAGCGCGGGCAACCGGCUGGCCCUCGGUUCGGACGACCGGCGAGUGUCCGUCAGCACGGACGCCGGGGACACCAUCAAAGAGCUGUCAAUGAAGUCGGAGCCUGUGGAGGUGACGUUUGCGGACAUGAAAGACGACAGCGGAGCAAGCGGGCCCAAAAUGGAAAAUACGGUGUGCGUCAACGUGGGCCGCAAAACCCUGUACCUCUACCGCCUGAGUGAUAAGGAGGGCGACAAGCCGACCACACCUUUAGAACUCGCCUUUCAGGACGUGUACGGGCAGAUCCUGUGCCACCGCUGGUUCGGGGACGGGUACGUGCUGCUCGGUUUCAGCACGGGCCACAUCGUGAUCGUGUCAACGCACACCAAGGAACUCAGCGAGGAGGUGCACUCAGCCAAGAUUCUCAAGGACGGGGUAUCAGACGUGGCUUACUGCGCGGCGCUAGACCGCGUGGCAACCUGCGGAGGCAACACGGUGAAGUUUGUGGACCUGAGAGGGUUGGAGUUCAAGGAGAUUAAGUCCGACCAGCUGACGCUCGACGCGGGCGCAAAGUGCGCGCGCGUGCAGUGGACGCGCGACGGCCAGGUCUUGACGGUCGCCACAAAAGACGGGGAGCUGCACGGGUUUCUGGCGACCCUGCCAGCCGUGUGCGCGAGCUGGGACGCGCGCGUCGCGCACCUGACGUCACUGCAGGAGCUCUCCGUCGAGGACACACUGGGCCAGGGCAUCGCGCUGCGCGUCGAGCUGUUCGCGGAGCCGGCCGCGUGCGCGCUCGGCCCGCUGCACUGCGCGGCCGCGGCCGCGAACCAGGCCUGGUUUUACCACCUACCGGGCGACGGGUUGGCGUCGCCCAGCAUGCUGGAAAGUCACAAAGAGUACUCGGGGGACGUCCAGGAGAUCCGGCUCAAUAGUCGGUUCGCGGCAGUUCUCGUGAACGGCCGCAUUGAGUUGCACACGCUGAGCAGCCCCGGGGAAACGCCAACCGACCCGGAAGAGGCUCCUCCGCCGCACUUCACCCUCCCGGAAGGCGACCAAGUGGGCACAGACACAAUAACCACUGUCGCCCUCACAGAGGCGUCUCUCAUCUGCGCAACCUCGGGGGGGGAAGUACUAUACUACUUUCUCGACCCCCAUACCGGGCCGGCAUUGAUAAACGAAUGCAAGCACCCGGGGGGGAAAAUCCACAGGCUCUCCUCCAACCCGCUCGGGACACGUGUCGCGCUGCUGGAUGGCCACGGGGCCGUCGUUCUGUACAACCCGGUCACGGACGAAGCGCUCCCGGUACCAACCGGACAGAACGUUGAAGCGGUUCUUUGGGAUUUGUGCGACCCCGGGGUGUUCUUCGUCGUCGAACCGGGCCAGAUUGUCUGCCACGUGUACUCCCCGGUAACGGUCUCUAGUCCAACGAUAACGGUAGUCGGCGCGACGCCGCGGCCGCUCGGUCACUGCCCGAUUACCGUCUACCACGGGGUGGUCACGUGCCUGGUGCAGGGCGGGGGUUUGGAGGGGUUUACGCUAACGAGCCACACCCGGUUACAGGGAACGGAAGCCCGGUUUGCGGAAGCCGGGGCGGAGCGUUUCGAACAGAAUCUCGCGCUUUUGAGGCUCAAGCCGGCGUUCAUGGAGGCGCUCCUGCUCAAGAAACAAGACGCGUGGGAGCGGCUCGCGCGCGCCGCCCUGCGCGAGCUCGACGUCGACCUGGCCGCGCGCGCGUUCCGCCAGCUGGGCGACGCGGGGAUGGUCCAGAGCCUGCUCGGAAUCGCCCACGUGGAGGAAAUUCAUUUGCUGGCGGGGCACGUGCUGCUUUUGCUGGGCGAAGACUACGACGCGGCGCAGGAGCGCUUUCUGCAGUCCUCGCGCCCGAUCGCGGCGCUGGAGAUGCGGAAGGACCUGCGGCAGUGGGACCAGGCCCUCAAAUUGGCCCGCCAGCUGGACCCCUCGUCCGUCGGCGACAUCAGCCGCGAAUACGCGCAGCUCCUCGAAAUGAGGGGGGAGUUCCAGCCCGCCCUGGACUACUACAACCAGGCCCUCGCUUCGGCCACAAACGACGACGAGAAGCGCGCGAGCGCGCGCGCGGGAGUCGCGCGCGUCACCAUCCAGCUAGGAGACGUCAGGCGCGGCCGCCAGCUGGCCCUCGAGUGCGCGAGCGCGCAGCUGUGCCGCGAGUGCGCGGCGAUCCUGGAGGGGAUGAAUCACAUGCAGGACGCUGCUGAGCUGUACGAGCGCGGCGGCCAAGAGGAGAAGGCCGCGAGCAUCUACAUCGCGACGCGGAACUUCGCGGCCGCGCAGCCGCUGCUCGCGCGCAUCUCCGCGCCCAAGCUGCACCUACAGUAUGCCAAAGCAAAGGAAGCCGAUGGCAAGUUCGACGCGGCCGCGGCCGCGUACGAGGCCGCGGGCGAGAUGGACCACAUGGUGCGCCUGCUCCUGGGGCCGCUCCAAAACCCCCAGAAAGGGUUCGCGAUCGCGCGGGGGACGCGAUCGGCCGACGCGGCCGCGAUGGCGGCGAAGCACUGCCUGAUGAGCGGGAACUAUGCGGAGGCCGUGGAGUUUCUCGUGCUGUCAAAGCGGCCCGAGGAGGCGUUCGAGCUCGCGCAGACGCACGACACGAUGGACGCGUACGCAGCGCUCGUGGCCGACGGCGCGGCGCCCGACGGAACCCUGCGCCUCGCCAAGUACUACGAGAGCCGAACGGCCUUUGGCAAAGCGGCGCGCUUUUACGACAAGUGUGGGCAGGCGAAGCAGGCGCUGAGGCUGUAUCUGCGGAGCGGGGCUGAGGGCGACAUCGAACAGGCGAUCGAGAUGGUUGGUCGCCGCAAGGACGACGAGCUGACGGGGCAGCUGGUUGACUACUUGGUGGAAGGCGCCGAGCAGACGCUGAAGAACCACAACCUGCUUUUCAAGCUGCACCUGGAGCUCGGGGACUUCGUCCAGGCGGCCAAAAUGGCCGUGCUCAUAGCGCGGCAGGAGCAGGAGGCCGGCAACUACAAGGUCGCCCACACGCAGCUGCUGCAGACUUUCUUAGAGCUGCAGAGUCACGGCCGGCGGCCCCCUUCGGAGCUCAGCCGCCAAUUGAUGCUGCUGCACUCGUACGUGCUGGUCAAGACGCUGGUGAAACUGGGCGACCACGAGUCCGCCGCGCGCAUGCUGAUCCGCGUGUCGCGCAACAUCUCCAAGUUCCCCGCGCACGUGGUGCCCAUCCUCACCUCCACCGUCAUCGAGUGCCAGCGCUCAGGGCUGCGCAACACCGCCUUCGAAUACGCGUCCAUGUUAAUGCGCCCCGAGUACCGGGCCUCCAUUGCGGCCGCGUACAAGAAGAAGAUCGAGGACGUGGUGCGCCGGCGCGAGCGCGGCGACGAGGCCGACGAGCCCGCGGCCGCGUGCCCGCACUGCGCGGCCGCGAUCCCGGCGACGCAGCUCGAGUGCCCCUCGUGCAAGAACAGCCUCCCGUACUGCGUCGCCACGGGGCGCCACAUGGUGCUCGGGGAUUGGACCACGUGUCCCGAGUGCACGUUCCCCGCGCUUGCGAGCGAACUCACCAAGGUGCUGGAGCUGGACGGCUGCUGUCCGAUGUGUUCCGCGCGGCUGGAUCCGUCCGCGCUGCAACUGUUGGCCAAUCCUCUGGCGGGCCUCAGGAAGAAUGCCUGACGCCCCGUGACGUCAGGAUGUCUUGUAAGUUGGCUGCUUCCUGUUGGAUAGGCGCACAGCGGGGAAGCGCAGUCACAUUCCAAAUCCUUCUCUUCAGGUGGGUUGCUUCCCGGGGAAUACUUGCGGAGCGCGAUCUUGUCACUUUGUUGUACGUAAAUAAGCGGUGAUCCAGCGAAGAUGCAUGCUUUUGGCCCAGAAAAAGUGCGAUGAGCGGGUUCGUAAGUCGGUCUGAGUUCCCGUUGAUCCUGCCGGCCCGAUAUCCUCAUGCUCUGCAUACAGUUUGGAG